CGAUAAAGAGAGCAAGCUCAAGAUGAAUGCCAGAGGACUUGGAUCUCAGCUUAAAGACAGUAUCCCCGUGCCUGAGCUUUCAGCAAGUGGGCCUUUUGAAAGUCAUGAUCUGCUUCGGAAAGGGUUUUCUUGUGUGAAAAAUGAACUUUUGCCUAGUCAUCCUCUUGAAUUAUCAGAAAAAAACUUCCAGCUCAACCAAGAUAAGAUGAAUCUCUCCACCCUGAGAAACAUCCAGGGCCUGUUUGCGCCACUAAAACAGCAGAUGGAGUUCAAGGCCGUGCAGCAGGUUCAGCGUCUUCCAUUUCUCCUGAGCUCAAACCUUUCACUGGAUAUUUUGAGGGGUAAUGAUGAGUCUGUUGGAUUUGAAGACAUUCUUAAUGAUCCAUCACAGAGUGAAGUAAUGGGGGAGCCCCACACAAUGGUGGAAUAUAAGCUUGGCUUACUGUGACAGGGUGCUGGCCACAGGAGCAGGCUGCGGUGUGUUCAGAGGUGUCUGUUUGCUGUAGUUGGAUGUAUACAACAUUAAAAGUACUGACAC